AUGGGGAGCUCCUCGGACGAAGACGACGGCGACUACGUCCCCGAAGCUGAAGAAGAGGAAGACGAGGACACUCUGGAUGACGCCGACGUCGCGACAGACAAGCAGCGCAGCGUCACGAGCGACUCGCACGUCGAUCAACUCUGGGACGACAUCAACGCGUCCACGGCCGUCUCCAAGAAGGCGGCGGACAAGACGGCCAAGCUGCUCAGUGGACUGAUCAAGAAGACCACGAUGCGCAACGGCAAGAAGGAGGAGAGCAUGAGGAGGAAGAAGAAGCGCAAGCUGCACGAGUUCUCCAUGCCCAUCCUCAGUGUGGACGUCAAGAGGUCGAGGAAGGAAAUGGCCAAUGCCACAAAUAAGGAGCUGAAGGUGGACCGCGUGGUCAAGUUCGCAGGCAAAGAGUACAGCGUCUCGACCAGUGCAAGUGCCGCAGCUGCUCAGACGGCCAAGCCCAAGGGCAAGAAGGGGCUGGACAAGGUGCUGGAGUCGCUGGACGAGCCCAAGAAGGUUUCGACCAUGGAGAAGACGUCGCUGGACUGGGACAAGUUCAAGGAGAAGGAGGACAUCGAGGAGGAGCUCACGCAGUACACCAAGGACGGAUACAUUGAGAAGCAGGAGUUCUUACAGCGGCUGGACCUCAAACGCUUCGAGAUCGAGAAGGCGGAGCGCGACAAGCAGCGCAAACUGCAGCAGAUGCAGCAUAAAUAG